AUGGCCGACCGAUUCCCUGCCCUUGACGACAUUACCGGAGGCAACAAAGCCAGCGAGGACGACAGCGAUUUCCUUGCUCGUGAGCGUGCAGCAUUAGGAGAUGAUGCUGAUCAGUUUAUUUCGGCCAGUGAUAACAGACCCUCUGCCACAGUCGAAGAUGACGAUCUGCUUGGAGGAGGAGGCGGUGGUGGUGACGACAUGGUGGCCCAUGAUGAUAAUUCUGGAUUUGAAUCGAGCUACCCAGCCAUUGAAUCGCAGAAUGAGAACGUAGCUCCUGGCGGCACCAUCACCGGAGUUGACUCGUCCUUCCAACCGUCAUAUUCCGGUCAUAAUCAAGAGCUGGAGGAGGAAUCGGAGGCCGUCCGUGAAUGGCGGGAAAAGCGAGAUGCAGAGCUAUCCCGUCGGGCGGAGGCAUCUGCUGAGAAGAAGGCGGCAACCGUCUCUAAAGCUCAGCAAGAUAUUGAUGAUUAUUACGAAUCCUACAACAAACGUACUGACAAGGCCCGCGAGCGCACUCGAGCAGAAGCAGAGGAGUUCCUUGCAAACAGAGAAGAUACCGCUGCUGGUGGAACAAGCUGGGAGCGGAUUGCCAAACUUGUCGACGUUAGUGGAAAGGGAAUCAAGGGCGGCGCAAGUGGUUCUGGCAAAGAACGGUUCAGAGAACUUCUGCUGGAACUGAAGAAAGACGAGAACGCUCCAGGAGCCACUGGGGUUUAG